CAGAGAAAGAAAUACAGAGAGAGAAGAAAGACAGGUGUGAAGUUCUUGAUUUUUGCUUUUUGGUUCGGGUUUGAGGGCUCGGUGAUCGAUCUCGCGAAGAUUUGCACACACAUUUGAGACACGAAUAUUCGGGACAAGUUUGUCUUGUCCCAUUGAUAUUUUUUUUUUUUAAGGUUUGUGAUCAUAUAUGGCACCGGUUUCUCUUCCUCCUGGUUUUCGAUUCCACCCGACCGAUGAAGAACUCGUGGCGUAUUACCUCAAGAGAAAGAUCAAUGGCCGAAAAAUCGAUCUUGAAAUCAUUCCAGAGGUUGAUCUUUACAAGUGUGAGCCAUGGGAUCUUCCAGGCAAGUCUUUAUUGCCGAGCAAAGAUUUAGAGUGGUACUUCUUCAGUCCUCGAGAUCGCAAGUACCCGAACGGGUCGAGAACAAAUCGAGCAACGAAAGGUGGAUAUUGGAAGGCGACAGGGAAGGACAGGAAAGUGAGCUCACAAACUAGGGCUGUGGGAAUGAAGAAGACCCUAGUUUAUUACAGAGGGAGAGCUCCUCAUGGGAUUCGGACACAUUGGGUUAUGCACGAAUAUCGCUUAGACGAAAGGGAGUGCGACACCCCCUCUUCGGGCUUGCAGGAUGCUUAUGCCCUGUGUCGUGUGUUCAAGAAGAGUUUGAACAUCCCCAAACAGGGAGACACUUAUGUUGCAUCAGCUGCCAGUGAACGUUCCUCCAGCGUCGAUCCAAACUGUGGGGAAAAUUCAAUUUACGAUGAGUUCGACGCUGCUCCUAAUGGCGGCUAUCCUAUGUUUCCGAUGACAUCGGGACACAUGGCUGCCUCGGGUUCGUCGUCCCAUGAUGUAAGAUGGACACAGUACAUAACUGAAGAGGCAUUUCCCUUCACCACAACUCAAUACCCUAAUUGCACCCCUUUGCCAUAUCCUCCUUCAAAGGUAGACAUAGCAUUAGAAUGUGCAAGGUUACAAAAUAGGUUUUCAUUACCUCCCUCUGAGGUUCAAGAUUUUCCUCGUAUUGAUCCUGAGAUGCUGCAACAACAAUCGAAUAAUGGUCUCCAUCAACAUACAAGUGAACCUCAACCUGAUAUCAUACAAGAAAUACUUUCGGUUGCUCAAGCUUCUCGGAAUCUUGAUUAUAAUUCCGGGACAUGGGAUGGAAUUACUCCUUCUGGGGUUGAUGAUUUUUCCUUCUUCUUCCACGACAAUAAUGGACAAGACAUUCCGAAUUUCUCCAAAUAUGACAACUUAGGACAAGAUCAAAAUCACCACAUUCCCCGGCCCAUUGAUAUCGAAGAUGAUACUGAUGCAUUCCGAACAGGGCGAAUGGUUGAGAACUUGCGAUGGAUUGGAAUGUCUAACAAGGAACUCGAGAAGGCUUUCUCAGAUGAAUUCAAGACGAUUCCUGUAAUAAACAGUUCAAAUGAUCAACAAGAUCAAUAUCAAUAUCAUGAUUUUCAAGGCGAAACUAAUAAUCAAACCAUCAAUGGGCUCAUCACAAACAAUGAGGCGAACGAGAACAACUCAAUUGCACCAAUAAAUGGCAAUGGAAAUGACAUCGACAACUUCUUGGAUGAUGGAGACAACGGCGACAAUUUCUCCAACACCCCAUGUUUCAACGUAUACGAGAAGAUUGAAAUCAACCAUGGAUUGCUCAUCUCAACCCGACAGGCUCCCAAGACAUAUUACCACAAGGUUGUCCCCUCGGAGACACUCCAAGUCUACAUAAACCCUACAGAUGAUUCAUCGAAAUAUUGCAAUGGUGAAACCGUCGCCGGGAUCCAUGAAGAUGCCGGGGCACGGGUGUGCGCUCAAAAGCUUCGCUUCGUUCUCGAGAAAGAUUAUGACAAGAAUGAGGUUAAAGUACAUGAGAUCCCAAAAUAAGGUGUUUCUUAACCUUUCAUUUGGAGAGGUUAAAAGUUUGAGAUCUUACUUAACCUUUGCUUUGGCUUUGUGUUUGUUUUGGGUGCAAAUUGUAGCACUUUAAGUUCUAUUACAUGGUU